AUCCCCGGGGGGACCCGGGCUGCAGCCAUGCGGGCGGCGCUGCUGCUCGCCUGCCUCCUGGGCGCCGCGUGCGCUUUCUCGGUCAAGAGCUGGCUGCGGCGGGCCAAGUCGGACGACUCGGAGGAAAACGCGGUUUUGAAGAGCCGGCACGGGUACCACCUGUACAGGUACACCUACGCUUACCCCCCGCAGAGGAGGUCCCGGGGCAGCGACUCCUCGGAGGAAGCAGGCGACGGCUCGGAGGGGGAGGAGGAGGAGGGCUCUAACGCCCACAGCGGCAGCCGCGCUCGGGGGGCUGCGGGGGGCCCGGGGGGGCGCGAUGAGGAGGAGGAGGAGGAGGAGGUAGAGGGGGACGGGCAGGGCGGCAACGGCACGAGCCCCGACGCCGCCACCACCGCCGGAGGAGACGGGGCUUCGGGCAACGGCACCGCCGCCGCCGAGCGAGGCAACCACGGCGCCGCUGAGGAGGAGGAGGAGGAGGAAGAUGAGGAGGAAGAGGAGGAGGAGGAGGAGGGGGAAGAAAGCGAAGCGACGACCGCCGCCAGCACGGCCACGGCCGCCAGCACCGCGGGCGACGAGGGCCUUCAGGGCACGACGGCCUUCACAGCAGCCGCGGGCUACGGGGACGCCACCACGGCGCCCGGGGACCGGUGGGAGUACGAGGUGACGGGCGGCGACGGCCGCGGCGAGGGGGACGCCCGCGGGGACAGCUACCGGGCCUACGAGGACGAGUACGGCUACUACAAGGGGCACGGCUACGACGUUUACGGCCAGGAUUACUACUACAGCCAGUGACCGGGGAGCCCGCGGCCGGCCCGCCGCCGCCGCCGAGCUGCCCGUCCCCGCGUCUCCCCCGUCCGCGUGUCCCCGUCCGCGUGUCCCCGUCCCCGGCUCCGACCCGCCGGGCUUCGCGCCGAUGCAGAAAUAAAGCAGCCGAGCUGAACGCG